UUUUUUUUUAAUUUUAAUUUUUAUAAAUCUUAAAAAUUGAUUUUCACGAUUUACUGUUAUAAACUUCUUAAUCACUUCGGAUCCGCCCCCAUCAUCACCUGCUUCAGAGACUCUCCUCUUUUGCAAAAAUCGUCGGUUUCAUCCAUCGUUCCGGUCGCCGUUCAUCGGACGUUUUUCUUCUCUCCUCGGUGCGAAUCGGUUUCCUCCAGGAUCAAAAUUUUCCAGUACAGAUCACGAACCAUCACUCGGAAAGUUGAUUUUCUCGGUGUUAAUUCUCCAACACCGCAAUGGUUGCACCAUCGAUUUGCGCAGCGGCGGCCUGUACAACCGUCGCCCGUCGUUGGCCGUGAGGAAUUCAGGUUUCGUAUCAUCGCCGUAGCUUCAGUUUUUUCAUGGGCGAUCUCCGGUCUUGGUCGCUUGAACAAAACGGCGCCGUAGCAGAAGAGAAGCCGUCGUCAUCCUCAUCCGCCUCAUCAUUUUCAUCGUUUCUUCCCUCGAAUCCGACAGAAAUAGGUGCCGAUUACUGGCCGCGAGCCGAGGAAGCGACGCAGGCUAUAAUCUCCCAGGUUCAGCCUACAGUCGUAUCGGAAAGGAGGCGCAAAGAGGUUAUAGAUUACGUGCAGAGACUCAUUAGAGGUCGUCUUGGAUGCGAGGUUUUCCCAUUUGGGUCAGUGCCACUAAAGACCUAUUUGCCUGAUGGAGAUAUUGAUUUGACUGCCCUCGGUGGUACAAAUGUGGAGGAAGCUUUGGCCAAUGACGUAUGUUCGGUCCUAAAUAGUGAAGAUCAGAAUGGGGCAGCCGAGUUUGUUGUAAAGGAUGUGCAAUUAAUUCGAGCUGAGGUUAAGCUUGUAAAGUGCCUUGUACAGAAUAUAGUUGUUGAUAUUUCCUUCAAUCAAUUGGGAGGACUUUGCACGUUGUGCUUCCUUGAGCAGAUUGAUCGUCUUAUUGGCAAAGAUCAUCUUUUUAAGCGCAGCAUUAUACUGAUUAAAGCUUGGUGCUAUUAUGAGAGCCGCAUACUUGGCGCGCAUCAUGGCUUGAUAUCAACAUAUGCUUUGGAGACUUUGGUUCUAUAUAUUUUUCAUCUCUUCCACUCUGCCUUAAAUGGUCCUUUAGAGGUGCUGUAUAAAUUUCUGGACUACUUUAGCAAAUUUGAUUGGGAUAAUUACUGCAUAAGCUUGAAUGGUCCAGUCCGUAUAUCCUCACUGCCAGAGCUUGUUGCUGAGACACCUGAAAAUGGUGGGGGUGAUUUGUUGCUUACCACUGAUUUUCUUAAGAGCUGUUUAGAAAUGUUCUCAGUUCCUGCGAGGGGGUACGAGGCAAACUCAAGGGCAUUUCCCAUAAAGCAUCUCAAUAUCGUUGAUCCGCUAAAAGAAAAUAACAACCUUGGUCGUAGUGUAAGCAAAGGAAACUUCUAUAGGAUUAGAAGCGCUUUCAGUUAUGGUGCUCGGAAGCUAGGGUCCAUCCUUUCCCAUCCCGAAGAAAAUGUAGUGGAUGAAGUGCGCAAGUUCUUUUCUAAUACAUUGGAUAGGCACGGAGGGGGGCAGCGGCCUGAUGUCCAAGACCCUGUUCCGGUGUCUGGAGGCUAUGAAUCUUGUGCAGCUUUACUAGUAUCUGGAACAGAGACACAAGAAGAAGCAGAUAGUCGUGUUUCAGGCCCUGUAUGUGCUAGUGGCCCUACUGGAGAGUGUAACUUGAGUCAGGAGGGAUUGAUGCAUGGGGGAAAUGUUAAUAACAAGGUAUCAGGUAUUUAUGACCAUGUUGGCGGAAUCACGAAUGAAUCAUCUCAAGGAAGAUCUUUCCAAGUGGAACCAUUAUCAGUUCCUUCAGGCAUUGAUGGUCUUACAAAUGCCAUUGGUGUUUCAGAUUAUCGUCUCUCUGGGGAUGCAAAUGAUCUUGCUAGCCCGAGAAUUGAAGGUCUUACUAUUUCACAUGAUGCACAUAAAUCCUCCCCUUCAAGUUUUGAGGAGGGCGUGUCACCAUUAGGUCAUCAAGCACAUCAUGCUCAUGUUUAUUUCUCUAGACCGGUCUUGGAGAAUGGGGAACUAAAAGAUGGAAAUACAAAUAAAUGCACACCAAAGAAUUCUGAUCUGAUAGAGAAGUCAUCUUACCAGAAUCUGCCAUCACCUACUGAAGCAACAGGGUUGACCGCACAAGGUAAGCAGGACGAGAACCACAUGAUUAAUAAUGAUGAAGUGAUGAACCAAUCCGAAACAAAACAAUGUUCUCCACCUUCAAGUUCGGUUUCUUUAUCAUCUGAAGACUUCUUUCCUGGUUCUCGUGGUUAUGGGUUUCUGACUAGCAAUGUUGGACCUCCAGAAGCUUUCAAUGCUUUGUCAGACCUUAAUGGUGAUUAUGAGAGUCAUUUAAACAGUUUGCAAAUUGGCCGGUGGUGCUACGACUAUGCCUUCAAUGCAGCGCUUUCGCCCAUGCCUCCACCAUUGCCUUCGCAGUAUCCAAGCAAGAAUCCAUGGGAUAUAAUACGGCGCUCGGUGCAGGUCAAGCAGAAUGCCUUUGCUCAGAUAAACAGUAAUGGGCUCCUUGCAAGACCAGCAUUCUAUCCCAUUCGAUCACCUAUAUUACCGGGGGGUGCAACGUUGGGUAUGGAUGAGAUGCCAAAGCCACGAGGAACAGGGACAUACUUUCCCAACAUGAACCAUUACAGGGACAGACCACUCUCAGCAAGGGGAAGGAACCAAGUACCGGUACGGUCACCGCGCAACAAUGGCCGAUCAACGACCCCCUUGGAAGCAACUGCGCCUGAGAAAAGUGGUCAAGACUUGUACCAAGUACCAACUGUUAAUCAUGGUGGUGGCAUGUUAACUUCCUCUGGCUCUCCUGUAAGGAAAGCUCACCAUAAUGGAAAUGGUGCAAUGCCUCGGCCUGAUAGAGCUGUAGAAUUUGGGUCAUUUGGGCAUCUUCAAUUAGAGCCACCCGCACCCGUAGAUUGCAGCCGGGAACCAAAUCCCGUAUCUGCAGUUUUUCAAAACUCGGCAGCGUUGAAUGUUUCGAGUCCCAAGAUGCAGAAAGCCAAACACCCAUUGGUUACAGACCAAGAUAGGCUCUCUGUGCAUAUGCAAUCAUACGAGUUGAAAGACGAAGAGGACUUCCCACCCUUAUCGAACUGACUCGAGUCGGAAAAAGGGAGUUUUAAUUUAUUUGGUUAGUGAGUAUGGAACUGAGUAGGAAGAAACUGUAGUUGCUAACAAACUGGACUAAGCGUGACUCUCUUCCACAACGGUUUGCGAUCCUCCCCAUCUCUGCAAUUAGAUGUUCUGUUCCAUUUGUAGCUCAAAAAAAGCAUUUUGUAAAUUCUACCAAUUUUAUUUUGCUUUUCUCCCCAAUAGUCGUGUUUUACACCAAAAAAGAGCCUUUUUUCCCCAUAUUUAAAACUAGGAUGUUUGUAACAAUGGUUGCUUUUCCUUUUUUCCUUUUUUUUUUGCCCUCUUCUUUUUCUCCUUGUAGGUAAAACAUACGAGCACAGAAUAUAUUGUUGCCUAUGUUUGUUGUAAUUUAAAUGAAAAAUGCUUCUUUUUGGAGCCA